AGGGAUUUGUGUUGUGGUGAAAGUACAGUGACACCGACAGAUUCGCUGCAGAAGAGUUUUUUUCAUCUGAUUUCGUCCAGAGUGACAAUUGAAAUUAAAAACAAAAAGAAAAACACUGAGCAGAAUUCGGUCAGAUUAUGGAAGGGAGUUUGGACUUCCUGUCUGAUGUGCAGAUGUUGCACAAGGAGGUGAUGAGUAACAGUGUGCUGAAGUCCACCCAGGCCAGUACCAGUUUAAGUGGUCAGUCGAUCAAAGACGUGAUUUUAAACAAAUGCUACAUUCCACUUUCAGUCAGCAUUGAAAGUGAGACCUUGGACUUGGAAAGUGUGAUUUCGAGGGCGUUUGUAGAAGGCACUGAGGGUGGUAAGUUGCUCCUUUGUGGAGGACAAGGGAUGGGCAAGACCACGGCAGUGGAACAGCUCGUAUGGGACUGGGCCUCUGGGAUCCAUCUUCAGCACUUUGCAUUUAUCCUGCGAUUGUGUUCAACCAUGUUGCAUGGACCUGAACAGAGUUUGCAGAGCGCACUCCUCAGUACACACAGUCAUAUCUCUGCUGAGCAUCUUGAGAUAAUCUUGAAGACACCUCACACAAUACUUUUAGUGUUGGAUGACAUCCAGGACCUUCUAUCGAAUUACCCUGAAUCUGGUGAGCUGGUAUGUGACCUACAUCAGCCAGCAGAGGGCACCGUGUUGGUGCACAGUUUACUGAAGGGGUCUUUGCUCCCUGGGGUGUCCUUACUGCUUACAUCAAGAGAACCUGUCGAGCUGGAAUCUGCAUAUUUUGCUCAUCUGAUGGGUUUCUCCAACUCCCAAAGGAAAGCUUUCUUCCAACGCUUUUUUGAUAACAAAGACGAAGGAGACCGGCUCCUCCAGCGUUGCGAGAGAGCUGUGGGAAUCAAGGAGCUUUGUGCUUGUCCUGGGUUUUGCUGGACACUGUGCUGUGUAUGUAAAGAGCAACUGGAGAAUCAAUAUGGUGUCCCAGAGACGCUGACUGAGCUCUACUGUGUGAUCACAAACACACUACUGCGGGAGCAUAAGAUUAGCGUGGAGAUGGCAAAUGAGCUUAUUUAUGGUUUGGGGAAACUUGCAAAACAGUGUACAUCUGUCAUCAGCACACACACAUUUGAUGACAUCAUCAAAUGUGGCCUUCAACCCUUCCUGGGCUCCCAGAUCCUGUCUGCUAUCCUGCGUGUCAACGCUGUCACCAACGCUUCCCCCGAUUCUACGUUUUUCUUCAUGUCCCCAACAUUUAAAGAUUUUUUAGCGGCAGCCUCAUUUUAUCUUGACCGUGAUGAUGGCAGGAUCCUAGAAACUCCCACGGAAAUACAAAACUACCAUUUUUUUCUCGCUGGUCUUUCAGACCCUGCACAGAGGAAACUUCUGGAAACCUCAGUAGGCCUCUUCAACAGCGGCCGUCUCUCCGAGUUCCACCGCUGGCUCAUGAACAUGGCUAAAGAGGUGCUGCCGGGUACGGACAAAAAGAAUCACUGGCAGGUCUUGCGUAUCCUUCACCACACGCUCAGCCCCACCCUAGUAAGAGAGAGUGUGGGCCUUUGCAAGUGGAGGUUGAUUAGCUAUAGUGACAUGCAGGAAGCAGAUUGUGUAGCACUGGCAUUUGUAGUGCGAUGCUUAGGAGAACUGCAGUGCCUGAACCUGUACAUGAGCUCACUUACAGAGGAGCAGGCGGAGAAGCUCGUAACCGUCUUCCGCUUGGCCCAAACCAUAGACUUGAGUCAAAGCAGAGUGAGUGUGGAUGUGAUCAGACAUCUUGCUCAGGCGCUGAAGGACGGACGUGCCACAGACGUCAGCUUGGCCCACUGCAGACUGGGAGACGAAGCAGUGAAGAUCCUGUGUUCCUCCAUUGCACGCACCGGCCUGCACACACUCAACUUGUGGGAUUGCAGUCUUACACCGGCGUGCAGUGAAGCGCUUGCUGAGAUGUUGACCACUUCUAAGCUGCGUGUGUUGACCCUAGGAGCUAACAAACUAAGCUACGAAGGACUCGUCCGGCUCAUCGGCGCGCUCGGGACGUCCACGUGCACGCUGCAGUAUCUUAAUUUGGAUCUCUGUCCUUUGACUGGUUCAUGCUUAGCUGCGCUGUCGUCUGCCUUGAUGUCUUCUCUCUCCGAGUUAAGAAAUCUUGUCCUGAGAAGGAUCGACCUGGGUGAUGACACUCUGGAGCAUCUCGCAGGAGCACUACAAAGUGACCGCUGCAAGCUCAGCACACUGAGUUUAGAUUCCUGUCAGUUGACCGGUUCCUGCUGCCCAGCCCUAGCAGCCGCACUUCAGUCAGAACACUGCUCUGUGACCGAGCUGGACCUGUCCGUGAACGAGCUCGACCAAUCGAACGUGCUCCUCAUCUGUGAUGCCCUGAAAUCCCCCAAGUGUUCAUUAGAGAAGUUAUGUAUGAAUGCGUGUGAGCUGACAGAGCCCGUGUUCAGUGCACUGGGCAGUGUGUUGUCGUGUGAAGCGUCCAGGCUGAAGGAGCUCGCCGUCGGAGUGAACAGAGUAGGCGACGCCGCAGCCAAACACAUCCUGAAGGCUCUGAAACACCCAAACUGCCAGCUACGGCAUCUCGACCUCGAGAUGGUGGAGCUGACGGACGUCUGUGUGGACGAGCUGUGUGAAAGCGUCACGGCGUGUAGCUCCUUAACCAGCCUGAGUCUGAAGAACAACAACCUCACUGACGUUUCUGUUUCCCGACUGGUCAAGCUCGUUCAAGACCGUCCUGCCUUGCAACUGAACGUGCAGUAUAAUGACUUCAGCGAGGAUGUAUUUGAGCUGAUGGACCCUUACGAAACGAUACGAUAUUAAACCGGCAUGUGCUUUCACACAGCUAGAAGAGUCUUAGCGCCUAUAAAGUGUUCGAAUAUACACCAUGUGGUACUAAUCACCCUCAUGUACUGCGAUAAAGUAAUUCAGUAACUCUAUAGGAAAAGAGAAAUAAGCACAUUUAACAUUUAACACCAGUUUAUUACAUGUUUAUUGCAAUGUACACCAUUACAUCUGAUCACAGAGCGGUUGCUUGCUAACUAAGUUGCUUGUAGAUUUUAUUCAUAUUAGCACGACCUUGUCUUGAGCUCACUUUCGCGCACUUAAUCUUUUCUUUGAGGUAUAAAUAUUGCGACAUAUAAAAAUCUGUGGCACGUUGGCUUAGUGGUUAGCACGUUCGCCUCACACCUUCAGGGUUGGGGGUUUGAUUCCCGCCUCCGCCUUGUGUGUGUGGAGUUUGCAUGUUCUCCCCGUGUCUCGGGGGUUUCCUCCGGGUACUCCGGUUUCCUCCCCCGGUCCAAAGACAUGCAUGGUAGGUUGAUUGGCAUCUCUGGAAAAUUAUUCCUAGUGUGUGAUUGCGUGAGUGAAUAAGUGUGUGUGUGUGUGCCCUGUGAUGGGUUGGCACUCCGUCCAGGGUGUAUCCUGCCUUGAUGCCCGAUGACGCCUGAGAUAGGCACAGGCUCCCCGUGACCCGAGGUAGUUCGGAUAAGCGGUAGAAGAUGAAUGUCACUAUACAUACAACUAGAUUACUUUGAUGCUGUAAUUGAUUAUUAGUGAAAAUGGACUUUUUCAAUGGAAGUCAACAACAUGCAGUAGAUGCGCAUGAAAUUGAUCUCCAGCGAUAAAGUCAGGUCUGAAAUGUGGACCUUUUAAUUACACCACAAACGCCGGCGGGUUAUAUGUCAAAGCUUAAGGCAGUUCAGAGACAUGGACGCCGUCUUAGUCACCGGAUUCGAACUUGAAGCGAAGACGGUCCACAUGCACACACCUGACAGUUCUACUGUAUUUGUAACGCAACCCGUUCUAAGCUCGACACGCUUUUUAGAGAUUACAGGAAGAGACUCGAUGCUGUCAUUGUCUCCAAGGAGACGUCACAGAAUACCGGAGAAGAAGCAAUACAACAAAAUCUGGAAGAAAAUAUUUGAUCCAUCUUACUGCCUGAUAAAUAAAUGCAUCUGGAUCUGUUUAAACACCAGUGGGGUGUGUGAUUUAUUUAUGUUUUUCAUUGUGUUAAAGUGGUGGGAAUCAUAACCCAUCCAUCUAUCCAUCCAUCCUCUGUAGCAUUUAUCUUACACAGAUUUGUGAGGAAUCUGGAAUAUAUCCUAUGGGACUCGGGGCUCUGGACAGGGUGGCAACUCCUUCACAAGGCACAAACACACCCAUUUACACACUACAGACAAUGUAGAGAUGUAAGUCAGACUUUAACACAUCUUUGGACCUGGAGAAGAAACUAAAGGAAACCAGUGAAGCACUGAGAACAUGCAAUAUCAACACACACACUUGCUCUCUCUCUCUGUCUCUCACACACUCUCUCACACACACUCUCACACACAUACUCUCUCGCUCUCACACACACACACUCUCUUUUACACCACACACACACUCUCUCACACUCUCUCUCUCUCUCUCUCUCUCUGUCUCUCACACACUCUCACACACACACUCUCUCUCACACACACACACACAC